AGAAGCAAAUCUAUCUGCUGAGUUGACAGGUACACUGCGUAGUGCAUCUGUCGAGUAACAUUCUGUUAAACUGGUACAUUUAAACGGUGAAAUAACGUCUUCAACUACGAGCUGCCUGUCACAGUCGCGUCAGUCCAUAAGUGUUCCAACAAUGGUGUGCAUUCCCUGCAUCGUCAUUCCAGUCCUGCUCUGGAUUUACAAGAAAUUCCUGGAGCCAAUUAUAUACCCAUUCAUUUCUCCUUUCAUCAGCCGCAUGUGGCCCAACAAAUCUGUACUGGAAACUGGGACCGCAACAGAUCAUCCAACUGGACAAAGCAAUGGAACAUGCAAGAUGGAUAGUCCAGUCCAAAAUGGCACUGCUGCAAAGGGACCAUCUGAAGUUUCUGACAAAAAGACUGACUAAUAUUACUUCAGAGAACUUUAAACUGAAGAUGGUUUAUACUUGUAUCUGAUCAUCACCCAGAAUAAUGAAAAAAAUAAAUUUAAUAACUUAUUUCAUUGAAUAGAUUUCUGAUAUUUUGUAUAAAUGAGCCUAAUACCCAGUUUGUCUGCAGUAUCUAAAUGUUGUAAAGGUUUUGUUGAUAGUUUCUGAUUU